UUCCACCACGUCCUGGCAGGGGCGGGGACAGAGUCGGACGCGGGUGCUAACAAUCAAAACAGCCGCCAUAUUCCCCUUCUUGUAACGUUCCCUCGGCAGGCUUUUCUCCCUCUCCCUGCCUUCUGGUAUGCCUAGGAGACUUCAUUAAGUUAUGGACCGCGAGUAUGAGCGUCGUCUCCUGCGUCAACAGAAUGGCCCCGUCUCCUCUCCUGCCUCACCUUUAUCUCCCCGCCGGCAGCUAGCCCACAUUGCAGUCCAGUCCCCCAGCAAGGACCGCACUGGGGAUAGGUUCAUACCCACUCGAGUUGGUGCCAACUGGGAUGUCAACUUUGCCCUCAUCCAGGAAAACAAUAAGGCCAACAGUGAAGUUCGAAAGGGGCGUGAGGGCGGCGAGGGCAAGGACGGGGUGGCCUACACAACACUCCUGCGCAAUGAACUCCUUGGCACCAGCAUAGAGGACCUGCGAGACACCCCUGAUGAGAGGAGGGCACUCUCCCCAGUCCAGAGCCCCAACUUGUACCAUUUUUCCCCACGCAAGAACCAGCAACGGGAGGAUACUCUGUCACCAUACUCCCUGUCCCCAGUGAGUGCUAAGAGCCAGAAACUACUCAGGUCCCCCAGAAAGGCAGCACGCAAAAUAUCGAAGAUCCCUUUUAAGGUGCUUGAUGCCCCGGAGCUGCAAGAUGACUUCUAUCUGAACCUCGUGGACUGGAGCUCCCAAAAUGUACUCUCAGUGGGCUUGGGUCACUGUGUCUACUUGUGGUCAGCCUACACUUCCCAGGUCACCCGCCUCUGUGACCUAUCCCCGGACGGCGACACGGUGACCUCUGUUUCGUGGUCAGAAAGGGGCAACCAGGUGGCAGUGGGCACACACAAAGGGUUGGUGCAAGUAUGGGAUGUGGCCAGUAGUAAGCGGGUGUGCAUUCUCAACGGCCACACAGCACGUGUUGGGGCACUCGCCUGGAAUGGGGACGUGCUCUCCUCAGGCUCCCGGGACAGACUCAUCCUCCAGCGUGACGUCAGGACACCUUGCAUCAUUCCCGACCGCCGGCUGGCAGGGCAUCGGCAGGAGGUGUGUGGUCUAAAGUGGUCUCCAGACAGCCAGUACCUAGCUUCUGGAGGCAAUGACAACAAACUGUUUGUCUGGAACCUCCAUUCCCUCACCGCUGUACAAACUUAUACUGAGCACAAUGCAGCAGUGAAGGCUAUUGCCUGGUCACCUCACCACCAUGGGUUAUUGGCAAGUGGGGGUGGGACAGCCGAUCGUUGCAUACGCUUCUGGAACACACUCACGGGGCAGCCUAUGCAGUGUGUUGACACUGGCUCACAAGUGUGCAAUCUAGCGUGGUCCAAACAUGCCUCGGAGCUGGUGUCAACACAUGGCUACAGCCAGAACCAAAUCUUGGUGUGGCGGUACCCUCUGCUUGCCCAGGUAGCCAAGCUGACUGGGCAUACCUACCGUGUCCUGUACCUGGCCAUGUCACCAGAUGGAGAGGCCAUCGUAACUGGGGCUGGGGACGAGACUCUUCGCUUCUGGAAUGUCUUCAGCAAGGCUCGCUCACAAAAGGAGUCCAAGUCAGCACUGAACCUCUUCACAUCUCUACGAUAACUGAGGGAGAGGAGGAGGUGGGGGUGGAGGAAGAGAUGGAGAUCAAGGCAGAAUUGGAGACUGCAGGUCUCGUGUUUGUAUAUAUAGGGGCAUCAGGUGACAUGUUUUGUGAGCCGAGUCAAAUCUUUUCAUAAAUAUAUUAUAUAUGUAUGUAUAUUUAUCAGAUGUAUUAUAAUGUAUAUACCAUUAGUGUAUUGUACAUCAUUGUUCUAACUUUCUACAUCAGUCUAGAUAACUAAGCUCAUUUUAUGAAUGCUUCAUAUUUGUAGUGUCAUAAGCAUAUUUUUUCUGUUUCAGCAUUAAAAUUUUUUGUCAUAGUUUACAUUUUCUUAUAGUGACAAUGUUCAUUUUGCACUGAGCAUCUCAGGUAUGAAGGCAAGUUUUAUAUCAGGGCAUCAUGGCAGUUGACAUUGAUAUUUAAAUAGCCCUUUGACAUAACCAUAAAUUGUCCAGCUUCACUGCCAGCAAACAACAGAUAAAAUGUAUUUUAAGUUUCCUACACACGAAAAAUAAUAACAGGUAUUUAACUAAUGUAAAAGUUCUUACCAAAAGUUAUAUGGGCAAGUUUCCAAUUGGUGCACUAGCAUGCCUAGGGAAAGAGGAUACUUAAGGAAUGUUGUGAUGUGUUGUUUCUUUUGUUUUGUAAGCUAUAUCAGGUUAUGGCAUGGUGUUCAAGAGAGCUGUUGUGUUUGAGAAAGGAACCCACUGACAGUGAGUUUUAAUGCUCUGUUUGAUGUUUUUGUUAAGACUGGUUUUAUUAAUGCUCUUGAUUAUAUGGAUAAAACUACUUUUUUCUGAUAGCUUUUGAUGUGUUUUGAAUGAUGACAUUUUUACUCCUGUAAAUCACUUGUUUUCAGUCCCUCCCCCCCUCCAGAGAUGUUAUUAAUUCCCAAGAAAAACCGGUGUCAGAUCAAUGUAAAACAAAAAAAAAAUAGUUUUGUCUACUGUAAUGAUCAACUGCUGACCACCAGUUACAAGUGAAGCAUCACUGUGGGAAGCAUAGCAGUAUUAAUCAUAAAUAAUUAAAUUUAUGAAAUUUAACCAAAUUAAAUCAGACCUAACCUAACCUAGCUUUUAAUUAAACCUAACCUUUGGGGUUUUGCCGCCCUUGAACCCCCCUUAGGGUCACAUUUCAUUGCACUGAGAACCUAACAAACCUUACCUGUUACUGCUGCUAACAUUAUUCUGGUGCAUAUUAUUAAGUUUCAUACUUCCCUUUUUCUGUCGACCACAGUCAUGGCUGUAGUUCUUGCAGAUAAAGGAUACUACUGGGCCUAGAUUAUCAUUUUUCUCCACAGGUAGGACAGAUAAGGACUGUGUCAUUUAAAUUCUUCCAGAACUCUUUUGUCCUGAUUAAUUAAUUAAGUUCUGUCUCCAAUGGGAAGAACUUGGUCUCCAGCCUUUGUACACAUUUCAAACUGGGAGUGGAAGUGGGAGUGGGCUGUGGUGUACAAAUUUUGAAAUGCUUGAAUUUUAAUGGCUGAAGACAAUCAUGGGACAAGUAAAACAUUAAUUUCAUUUUGAUGGGUAUUCUGGCAUGACACCUAUCCUUCAUAUAUUGCCCCUAAUUGGGGCCGUGAAACUGCCGUGACAUAGAAAAUUGUGGUGCAGUGUCAUUAAGCUGGCCAGGUGUCUGCCAGCUAUGGUUGUGUGAGUGGAUGGAUAAUUCCAUGUUUUUGUUUAUGUCUUAUUAGAAACUUGAUACAGCAUUUCCAUCAAAGUAACCAUUUUGUAAGGUAGGAAAUGAGAAUGAGCAUGUUAAUAACACCAGUCUUAAUCAAUAUUUUGUUGUACUUUUCCUAAUCCCAGUGAUACAGCUUCAUGUACUGAGUUGUUCUUUUCAGACUUGCCUCUCUCCAAAAUGUUUAUUUGUGGUCUCUUUGCAAAAUGUGUAUCUGUGGUGUGGAUAGAUGUGGGAAAAUAUUGUCAAUCAUUACAGGGAACUUGCCUUUCCAUGGUGUCCUUUGGGGGGCAACAAACCUCCUAAACUGCAUUCCCCUGUUCCCUUACCUCUGCACACUUAAUUGUACAUGCAACAGAAAGAAUAUAUAUACCAUAAAGUAUGAAAGCUCAAGCUGUCUAACAUUUUUUUUUUUUCUCAUCAAAACUUCCAUUAAAAAGUGUACUGGAAAUUAAGCUUUCACUUGAUCAUUUUCUUGCACAUUUCUUUUAUUCUUCAGUUGUCUCUCCUUUCAAACUACAGUCGUCCCUCAAAUAGUACGGUUUCGGUUUUAUACGGAUUGUCAUGAAAUAAUUGUUUUAGGAUUUUUAAAUUUCCCACUCGUCGCACCAAGUAGCCAUGGCGUGAGUGGCAAUACUGUUCUACCGAAACACCUGCUGAAAGCACCCCAAAGCGUUCGAGAAAGUGUGCACCUUGCGAUUUAGGAGAAGUUACAUUUUGGUAUGAGUUAUGUUGCAGUAGGGAGAAGUUCGAAAGCUUUGUUUAGUGGGCGCAACAUCUGUGGUCAUAUGCUGGAGAGAGACAGGAGGGGAAGGAAUUACAGAAGGGAACAGAUCCCAGGAGACGGGACACUACCCCCGAUUAAUACCUGGUACCCAUUCACUGCUGGGUGGACAGGGGCAUAGGGUAUCGGAAAAGUGGGAUAGGGAGAGCAUACCACGUGAAUGAGAGCAGUGAUCGCUAUAUCUAUCACAGUGUAAAAUAUGUUUUUGCCGCAGUAACUGCCAGUGCUCCAAGAGUGGAGAUAAAGGCUGUCCUUUUACUAAGCCUCGUCAUUGCUAUGGUAAUUGCGUCUUACUCGCAGCAAAAUGGCGUAUGCUGAUCUUCCUGGCGACGUUUAAUAUGCAUUACUAGUUGUCCUGGCUGAUGAACUCCUUACAACAGAAGAUGAAAAGGAAGCUGCAGUGGUUAUGGUGGCACAGAGUGGUGAAAUGCAAUGGAAACACUUAUAUGUGUUUGUUUGGGCCGCCAUGUUUGCUGAUAACGUCAUCACAGCACGAAGGCGCUCCACCUCUCAAAAGCCAGCGGACGUGCCGAGUUGGCAACUCGUGCUGCCGCGUCACGCGUUUGAAAGCACUCGGGACGUUCUGAGAGUCCCGAUUCCCUCUCUCAAACGCAGCCCAGAAGUGUUUCUACGGAGGAACUAAUUUUAUACGGAUUUUCGAAUAGUACGAGGGUCUUGGGUCCCUAACCCCCGUAUUAUUUGAGGGACGACUGUAUUUUCUUUUACAAGCUCUCACUGCUGUCUCCCCACCUUGAUCAAUAUGAUUUCAAAAGCAGACAAGUAUGGCUUCGUACAUAAUUGUACGUUAUGUAAAUGUCUGGUGAGGAUAUUGUCAUCGUUAUUUAAUCUAUUGGACAUAGUUUAUGUAGCAAUCAUGGUCACAAAGGUAAUAAUUUUCUCCCCCUAGAGUAAGUGGUGCCAUGUUGGGUUAAACAGUGAAAAAAAAAGAUUAAUAAAGUAAAUAUAUAAAAAGGGCACUGAAGUCAAAUCACUGUGCACUGAGAAAGCUGUCAUAAGGUAUAACAGGCUGCUAACAGAAAAGGAAGUGAUUAUAACACAACCAAAAUUCAGCAGACCUUGUUUUGGCAUGGUAGGCAGUGAAAACAAGGAAGCUGACCAGGAGCCUUUGAUACAGUACGGCUCCGUCCACAUGGUCGAGCUUUGCGCGACAAACUUUGCUGGGUGUGACGUCAUAAAUGGAGAAACAGCAAGGGAAGCUUCGUAUAGGUUUUCCCUAAUAUUAAGCAAAGUACUGAGGCUUUACCUGUUGCAUGUCAAGGUCGGGUGGUGGGUGUAUCAUAAAGAUGCUGCUAGACGCACUGAUUUAUAUUUCUCGGCAGUACCUAUGAGUUAUCAGUUCUCGUGUUCCACCAUCAACCAGCAGACAUGUCCAAGGAACAUUGGUCUCGAUAAUUGACUGCAAACUUGGUAGAGCUCUAUCGACAACAACUAUAUCUGUGGGAUGUAACAAAGGAAGUGUAAAGAGACCGUGACGCAUUUACUGCAGCAAUUAGACAAAUCACUGAACAUCUCAAACAAAUUGGUGCCACCAUGAAGGAAGUUGAGGUUAAACAAACUAGCUCUUCUUCGAAAUCAGCAUUGAAGGGAAAUCUACCUCUGGUUCAUGUUUUAGUUCCUGCAAUAUUGUCACAUGACUUCCUAAGUCCUUUUUUCUUUGUAGUCACGCCUUUCACCACAUCUGCCUUGUUGUUUUUAUCUUUGCGCACAUUGAUAUAACAAUACAUAGCACGAUUUUCUUCUUGCAUGUCCUGCUAUCCAUGUUAUCAUACACCACUCGAUCCUGCUUCAGUCACUGCCAGGUUCUGACUGCCCAACCAACAUUGUUUAGACAGCAGCAUAAAUGCGUAUGUCAGGCUUAGCCCGAGCAAAGCUCGCCUAUGGGGACUAAGGCAGGCAGGGAGGGAGGAGGAAGAGAAUAUAUUAACACUACCAAUAUGCAGAAGCCUUUAGCAUUAUAUGACAGCCUGUCAAGAGCCUGGAAAGCUGAUCAUUGAACUAUUGACAUAACAUACCACAGAAGCCACAAAUAUGAUGACAGACCAAGGUGGAUGCCAGACUUAUGUUUGCCAGUGAUGUUUUACUUUCAGGAGGCAAGGAAGGAAUUUAUCGUCUAUUCAUUGCUUUCUUGAUUGGUGAGAAAUCGUCAUCUAAAGCCCUGUUUUGUUAUUCCUUUCAAACUAUUGGUAGUGUUGUGUGUGAAACUUUUUUGUCUAAUAAUUAAAUCUGCACAAAAGUAUUAUUUGAGUGAACUAGGAAAUAAAAGAAGUGACAUU